AUGCAUGUACUGAUGACCAGUUCCCACCUGAUCCCACGCGCUUCGACAACGUCUUUGAUCUCCGUAUCGGCGGACGCCGAGCACCUCGUAGUCAGAUUAUUAGAGAACAGGGUACAUCCCCGGCAUGUUCCUGUUGAAGAGCAAUGUCAGAUUAACUUGCCUCCCUUCUUAGCUCCAAAAUCCCGCUCAGCUCAUUCCGCGAUAUGCAGGAUGGCGCUGGAGAUCAACGUGAGCCACGGCGAAGAUCUUAUGAGAAAGAUAUCUGCUCGUCUGAUCGUCCUUCGUCGGAUGGUAGCGAUUUCCUGGGAGGUAGUAACACAGCGACGCAGCACCGGCCGGAUCUACUGCACCAUGCAUCCAUCUGUAGAAUGUCGAUUACAUUACGCGAGACACCAUCAGAAGGCGGACCGAGACUUUUGGAUUAGGGUAGCCGCCUGUUUUCAUUACCGCAAUGACUUCCCUGAUGCCGAGUCCCUUGAGAACCAGCAUGGAAGGGCUGUUCCGGAACACAGCUUGGCGCCCACCCUGACUAACGAAGACUACGAAGAGACGGACCUCUAUUGGUUCCAUGAACACCGAAAAGCCAUGAGUCUUAACACCCAAUUCAAAAUACCGAGGGCAUUGCUCGAAUGGCAUAAACCAAGAACGAGACGUAGGGCAGGAGACUCUAUUGGAAAGUCGGUGCGACAAGAUCGUGGGUAUAAAUGCAUAUUACGCCUUAACAUAUUUGUGCCUAAACACACAUUCUGCGUACGCCAGUCGAUCGGAAGGCAGCCGUUUUUUGAGCGGCCCACUACGAAGCAAACUUUUGGUGCCGGAGACAUUCGAGAAUUUACAUAG